AUGGCAGCUGCGAGGGGCACCAGCCUCUUCCCUCCCGACCCUCGCUACAUCCCGGGCUAUGAGGGCUUUGUGCCUCAGUUCAGCUACCAGUUUGGAGAAACCUUUGGCAAAACCACUUUCCGGCUGCUGACGGAUCCUGGCGUGCGGAAGAGCCCUCACUCGCUGCUGGCGCCGCUGCCCAAGCUCAAGUUCAUAGAGGACUUCACGGGGACCAGGCAUGAGGUCCCGGAUUAUAUCCCCGUGCAUCCAGGGGACCUCUCCCCGCGGGACGGCGCGGCCGGAGCGGGUGCACCCGGCACGGCCCUCGAGCCGAGCACCCCGGCUCCGCGGCAGGGCCCGGUGGGAGAGCGCGGCGCCUGGGGGCACACCGGCCCCAUGGAGCCUGCCCGGCCACACACGAGCCCUGCGGAGCCCGCCCGGCCGCGCACGCGCCCACCCGGCCACCCCGGCCUGCGCCUGGCCUACGAGUACGAGCAGGAGAUCCCACCGCGGCGCUCGGCCUUGCCGCACGACCGAGAGGGGCGGCUGCCGGCCAUAGCGGUGGCCGGCGCGCCGCGCGGCGCCCAGGCUCCCUGCCCACCUCCCCACGCCUGCGCGCACGGAGGGAGCUUGCCCCGCAUCCCGGAGACGGAGCAGCCUGUAAAGAUUGAAAGUGCGACUGUGCCAGCGGUGGCCGAAUGGGCGGACGCAGAGAGCUGCGAGCACUUCCCCAGGCUGCCUGUCCCGCACGCCAUCCGGCAGAAAGCCACGUCAGGCUACACAGGUUACAUACCCCGCUACGCCUGGAUCACCGGCGUUAACUACAUCCAGGGUGUGAAGGAUGCCAUGAAUGAAUUUGACAGAAAUCAGUUUUUGCUGCAAAACCCAGUUAGUGAAUUUGGCAAGAGACUACCGCAGUCAUACUGGCCGAACAACAGAAUUUACACCAGCGCUGGACUGAUCCCUUUCUAUACGGGCUUUGUACCAACCCUCCGCCACAGCUACGCUCUUACUUUUGGGAACAGCACCCGCAAAGCUUUCCAAAAGGAACAGAGGAGACGAGCCUGUGCACUGCGGAAAAAAAACUUUAAUGAUGCCUGUACAGCAUUUGAAGUGACUUUGGAACAGGAAGAGGAGCACAACACAGACAGGAGAAGUUUUGAAUGA